UCCAGACGCGUGACGAGAAGCACUCCACCAGCGCAAUGCAGUGGUUUACAAUCGCCAGUCUGCUACUAGGCACGCUAGCCGUCUCUGAAGGGUUUUUCUUUCACUGGGGUUGGGGACAUUCCGUCCGUAGAGUGUGCGUAUUCGGAAGGUGCUACGUUCUUGGCAGCAGCUCACCAAUCAAAGAACCAAGCACACCAGCACCAAAGACGGUUACUUGUGUCAAAGACACGGACUGCAAGAGCGUGCACGCGGACGGGUUUUGCGAUCGCUACUUGAGACACUGUAAAGAGUGCAAGAAGCUAGACAGUCUCUGUCGACGAGACGAGAAUUGCUGCGAGGGUCGCGUCUGCGAGUGGGGACGAUGCAAGGAGCCGAAAAAACCGAGAACAGAAGGCUCCGAAUGCAAAUAUGACGUCGAUUGCAAUGAGGGUUUAUGUUGUGCACAGCAUUACGGCAGAUUGGUUUGUAAGAGAAGAGGGACUGUGGGACAGAAUUGCUAUGAACCGGAAGACGGUUUGGGCUACAGCCAACAUCAUCAGUGUCCGUGCGCUCAGGGACUGAGAUGUCAGACCUACAGGUACAAGUCUUUGCUCUACCACUUCUUACUUGGAGUUCGCCGUCAGUGUGUCAAACAACCAACACCAAACCCUACCAGUACCCCGAAUUCUUCAAAUAGCACUCCAACUACUUCAAGUGAAGUUACUACGGAACCCAUAGAACCAGAUGAACCAGAAGAACCGGUGAAAACCACAGCACCACCAACGACAAAUUCAGAAGUAGACAACAUUCCAAUUGAGCUGAAUGCUCCUCAAAGUAAUGCACAGAAAGAAAGCAAUGGUAAACGGGCAAGGAAACAAAACAAGAAAAACAAGAAAAACAAGAAAAACAAAAAGGAAUAAAGUAGCUGUUCUGAUUAUUGAGUGAAACUUGAGGCUUGUUUUGCAGUGACUGUAGUGCGCAUGCGCCUAUGACAAAACUAGAUUCUAAGUCGUCCAAUCAAAUAGAGACUUUCUGUUCA